CCUCCCUCCCCCGCGAACUUCAACUUCUUUUUUUUUUUUAAUUAUUAUUUUUAUUUCCUUGGGAUUUCCCUGGAUGGUCUGAGCACAACUCCAUGCCCCCUCGGCCGUGCCCGGCUCCGCUCCCGGCCCGCUGCCAUGUUCCUCUGAGUGAGCCCCUCGGCACCGCCGGGCCGCUGCCGGACGGGCCCUGAGCAGUCGCCGCCGCCGAGGACGGAACAUGUAUCAGGGUCUGGCCCUCGCCCCCAACCAUGGCCAGUCGGCUUAUUCCCACGACUCCAGCAACUUCCUCCACUCGUCGACCGGCUCGCCCGUCUACGUGCCCACCACCCGGGUGCCCUCCGUCCUGCAGACGCUGCCCUACCUGCAAGGCUGCGAACCGCACCAGAGCCACCUCGGCAACCCCGCGGGCUGGGGGCAGAGCAGCGGCGAGGCCGCUGCGUUCAACGCCGGCAGCCCCCACCCGCCGUCGGGCUUCUCGUACUCGCACAGCCCGCCGGGCAGCAGCCCCCCGGGCCGCGACGGCGCCUACCAGGGGCCCCUGCUGCUGGGCGGCGGGGGCCGGGAGCAGUACGGCAACGCCUUGGUGCGCUCCGUUAACGGGUCCUACUCCAGCCCCUACCCCGCCUACGUGACCCCCGAGAUACCGCCUUCCUGGACGGCCGGACACUUUGAGAGCAGCGUGCUGCACAGCCUGCAGACGAGGCAGGCGGCCUUACCCGGCCGCAGGUCCACCUUCGAGUACCUCGAGGAGUUCCCCGGGGAUGGCCGGGAAUGCGUGAACUGCGGAGCCAUGUCCACACCGCUCUGGAGGAAGGACGGCACCGGGCACUACCUGUGCAACGCCUGCGGGCUCUACCACAAAAUGAACGGCAUCAACCGGCCGCUCAAGCCGCAGAAGAGGCUGUCUUCAUCGAGACGUGCUGGCCUAUGUUGCACUAACUGCCACACAACCAACACCACCCUCUGGAGAAGGAACGCCGAAGGGGAGCCCGUCUGCAACGCCUGCGGGUUGUACAUGAAGCUCCAUGGGGUACCACGACCUCUGGCCAUGAAAAAGGAAAGCAUCCAGACGAGGAAAAGGAAGCCUAAAAACAUUACCAAAGGCAAAGCCUCAACAGGAUCUACAACUUCGGCCACUAACUCCCCUUCUUCCAUUACCAACUCAGACAGCACGGUCACUUUAAAAUCAGAGCCCAGCACAACCUCGCAGUAUCCCGGACAAACCAUCGUGUCAGUGUCCCAGGCACAGAGCCAGUCGGACGAGGCACUGGCCGGCGGCCACGGCGAGUUCAAAUUCGAGCCCGAGGACUACACCUUCUCCCCCACCACCAUGGCCCCGCAGCCUGGGCUGAGUGUGCCACUUCGACAGGACUCCUGGUGUGCCCUGGCACUUGCCUAGAAACCCUCAACCUCCAGCAAAAAGCCUCGGGACCAAUGUUUUCGGCUGGCCCCGCAAACGGCCGAUGGACAGGAGGAUGGGCUGCCCCAGCGCCUCAGGACUGCAGGGUGUCCCACAGCCACAGGACAGGUUUCUCUUGGA